AUGGCAGGACCGCAGUAUACUAAGCGUAUUUCGAACCAGCUAUCGAUUUCACUCUCUUACGUAGCCAGCGAGGAUCCGAGCAAAGUUGAAUGCUUGAUCUCAUUCAAAAACAUUCUGAAUCAUAAUGUUGUGAUCAACCCAGAAGCAAGCCAGGAACAAAAUGGUAAUGGAAGCUGGCUCAGCAGUAUGUUUGGAGAGAAGAAGAAUUCAAGUAACUUGGAGAAAGAAAAACUUACGUUAAAUACAAAAGAUGCACAACCCUUGAAUAUAUUUCUUGGGUACGUACAAUUAUUUGGGUAUGUGGUAUGCAACUACAAGUUUGAGUUGAACGAUGGGAAUGCUAUCAGUAGUUUAGGAGGUGAUGAUGGGACUGGAAGCAACGACGAAGGAGACAUAGAUUCGGGCGAUAAUGAAAAUGAAUAUGACGACUCUAACCAGGAGGGAUUGAAAGACUACCAACUAUGGAGUAAUAAGGACUACAUUCAGCAGUACAACAAUGAUGACCUAGAUGACCAAGUUAAACAUGAAGGCUGGCCCAAAGAUCUUAAAUUGAGUGAAAUAUUGGAUACUACACCUUUCAUCUCACAAAGUUAUAAGGAUAGAAUGAUAAUUGGUGGUAAGAUUGGAGGUAUCGAAGACUUGGUAGUGGUUGACGAGGAUAGAAGUAUAGCACAACAGCAGCAGCAACAGAGUAAACAGUCCGAUGGGAAGUUCCAAAUUGAUAAGUACAAACGAUCCCUUCUACAAGACCUUGUCGCAGGUUUCAAUACUUUCCCUGAACCAACAGGGAAUGCAGGAAAUGGAGCAGACGGAAUUGAACUAAUCAGAGAAAUUUCUGAUGCCAUAUUGCCAUUCUAUGCCACCUCUCAGUCUCUCUUAUUCUCAGAUGUGAGCUUGAAGAAAGAUGAGACCAAGUUAUUCAGAAUCCAAUUUCCCAGAUUAAAAGAAUUUCCUCCCUCGUACAAUACCAAACUGACAGGAAUGACGGGAGACCAAGGUUUGUUAAGUAUAAGGUAUCAACUUGCAGUCGGGUUACUGGAGAUGAAUUCGAAAGUUGGAGUGCUUCAGCCGAGAACUGUGUAUUUUCCAUACGAGGUAAGGGCAGAAUAUGUUAAAAACGAUGAAAGUUACUUGUUACCGGAUUAUUUAAGAAGAACCACGAUAGAUCAAAGCUGGAAAGUUCUUAAGAUAGAAAACGAGGACGAGAAGAGUAUUAGUAAAGAAGAAGAUGCUGCAGCGCAAAGCACUGUGGAAGAGGAUAUCGAAAAGCUUGAUAAGCAGUCAUUUCUCGAAGACUUAACAAACCUUAUAGAUUCGGACUUGCGUAACAUGCCUUUAAUCUCUUCUACAGAGAGAAGGAAGAGCAUUCCAGCCAUUAACGAGAAUGCGGUGGAUGGUUUAAAUCCACAACUUCCCAAGCACUUGAAAACUCAGUAUCAGAUUAGACUAAAUAACAAAGAGCUCUGCUUGGUUAGCAUAAAAAAGCCAUACUAUCAUUUGGGAGAAGAUAUAAACUUUGUCAUAGAUGCCGCAAAUUCGGCACAUAAUGGCACUAGAAUAGUGGGUACAACUGCUCAUUUAGAAGCACAUGAAGUAUUUCAUUGUAAAAUAGGGAAAAGUCAAGCUGACAAGGACUAUACAAAUAUUUUCAAAGUGAGUCCUUAUCUUAAAAUAAAUUCAUUUGCAUCUUCGAUGACACAGUCUACUUCACUGUCCAAUGCUUCAACUACUUUAAUGAAUGGGUCAAUAAAUAUUCCCAAUUAUUUAACAACACAAUUUCAGAGCUCUCGACUAUUCGAUUUACAGUAUUUUUUAGUGUUCAAAUUCGUUUUGAAAGACUUUUUUGAAGAGGAGGAGAAUACAGAGUUAGAAGCUAACACUGUACAGAGAAAUGAAAACAUUGACCUGAAUGAGCAUGAGGAGACUUUAUUAGAAGCCACUCCAAGAACAGCCAAUGAUGUUCUUCCCAGAGAUGCACAUGAUACACAAUUUUCUAUGUUUAGAAAGCACCAUAUAGAUAAUACUGGGAGUGAAUUCAAAUUCAAGCUUCCUAUAAACUUAAUUUAG